GACUGCCCCCAGACUGGGGGUUUGACGUGAUGUUCAGGGUGAUGCUGCCCGACAUUCAGAGAAUAUUUUCCCAGAUGAUUCCUGUACUCCUGGUAACACUCCCACAGCUUUCAUCUUCUGUGCACAAGACUGAGAAGCCCCACUGCUUCCCUAAAACCAGUCCCAGCCUCUCCAGAGAUGGAGAUGUGGUGAUUGGGAGUUUUCUCUCCCUGUAUUGAGUAGAAGUAAGGAGUGUCAGAGAAGCAGGACUGUUGGAAAGUCAUCCUAACCAGAUCUGUAGGGAUUACAAAUGGCUACACAAAAAUUAUCAGCAGGACCUAGCCCUGGUAUUUGCUGUGGAGAACAUCAACAGGGAUCCCAAUCUACCACCCAAUAUUUCUUCUCUGGGAUUCCAGCUCUACAAUGCCUACCACAGUGAUGAGGGGACCUUGGAGAGCUCCCUGAGGUGGCUGUCUGGGAAGGGUCCGCUCAUCCCCAACUACAGCUGCAGAGGGCAGGGCAAGUCUGUGGCUAUUAUUGGAGGAGCCACAUCAGCUCUGUCUGUCCAGAUGGGGACCCUGCUUGAGCUUUACAAGGUUCCACAGAUCAGCCAUGGACCUUUUGAUUCCAACCUGAGUGACAAGGCCCAGUUUCCCUCUCUGUACCACGUGGCUCAUAAGGACUCCUCUCUGCACCAGGGUACAGUGCGAUUAUUGGGACAUUUUGAAUGGACUUGGGUUGGUCUGGUGACCACAGAUGAUACGACAGGUGAGGAGUUUCUCUGGGAUAUAAGCAGGGACAUGGCCAAGCACGGCAUCUGUAUGGCCUACACAGAGAAGAUCCUAGUCAGUGAGAGACGGCACACAGCAUCCCACAAAAUGUUCAUGCCAUGGAUCACGCAAUCCUCAGCCAGAGCCAUCAUCAUUCAUGGUGAUACAGAUUCACUUAUGAUCCUUAAAUAUUCACAGCCUCUUUUUGUCAUAGUUGGGAAGGUCUGGAUCACUACAUCUCAUUGGGACAUCACUGUGAGACCUCACUUGAGUGAUGGCUACAUUUUCCAUGGAUCACUUUCAUUUUUACAAAUGAGAAGAGAGAUUCCUGGUUUCAAGCCCUUUCUUACGACAGUGAACCCUACUAAAUAUCCAGAGGACAUUUUACUUAAAGAGUUCUGGUGCUCAGCAUUCAAAAGCCAACAGAAACUUGAAAAAGAGCAAAAGGAGUGUUCACCAAAUGCCUCCUUGGAGGCUCUGCCUCUGAGCUUCUUUGAUAUGACCAUGUCUGGUCAGAGUUACACCAUCUAUAAUGCUGUGCAUGCUGUGGCCUGGGCCCUCCACGAAAUGCUCCUGGUGACAUCUGAGAGAGGAUCUGUAAGAGAUGGAGAAAGCUGGGUGCCUCAGCCAUAGCAGAUCUACUCCUUUCUGAAGAAAACCCAAUUUAACAACAGUGCAGGUAAGCAGGUGUUUGUGAAUGACUCCAGAAGUUCUGAGGCUCAGUAUGACAUUGUGAAGUAUUUGUUAUUUAAAAAUGAGACUGAAGCUCUGGUGAAAGUGGGACAGUUAAUCCCCAAUGCUCCACUUGGUCAAGUUUUCACCAUUCGCGAGGAAGCCAUAGUGUGGGACUGGUAUGAGUCUAAGACCCCCUGUGCUGUGUGCAGUGAGAGCUGUGGCCUUGGAUUCAGGAAAACUACACUGGAGGGACAGCCCAUGUGCUGCUUUGACUGUCUUCCAUGCUUAGAGGGGGAGAUUUCCAAACGAGUGAACAUGAAGCACUGUGUGAAGUGCCCAGAAGGGGAGUCUCCAAGCAAGGAGAGAGAUCACUGCCUUCCCAAAGCCAUUACCUUACUGGAUAUCAAAGAACCUCUGGGGAUGUCCCUAGCCUGUGUGGCCCUUUUCUUCUCAGUGCCGACGGCCGUGAUUCUCUGGAUAUUCGUCCAGUUCCGAGACACUCCCACAGCCAAGGCCAAUAACCAGGCUCUCAGCUAUACUCUCCUCAUCUCCCUCACCUUCUCUUUUCUCUGCUCCUUGCUCUUCAUUGGCCAUCCCACUGCAGCCACCUGCCUCCUCACAACAAUAUUGGGGGUUGUCUUCACUGUAGCUGUUUCUUCCAUUUUAGCAAAAACCAUUAUGGUGGUUCUGGCCUUCAAGGUUACAAUACCAGGAAGCAGGAGCAGAAUAUGGGUGCAACCUAAAGUGCCCAACUGUGUUGUCCUCCUUUGCUCUGGGAUUCAGGUGAUUCUCUGUGGCAUCUGGCUGGGAACAUCUCCGCCCUUCCUAGACAUGGACCUCCACUCUGAACCUGGUCACAUCAUCAUUCAGUAUAAUGAGGGCUCUGAUAUUGGCUUCUACUGCGUCCUGGGCUACAUGGGCUUCCUAGCCCUGGGGAGCUUCACAGUGGCUCUCUUGGCCAGAAGCCUCCCUGACACCUUCCAUAAAGCCAAGUUUAUCACAUGCAGCAUAUUAGUUAGCAGUGUCUGGAUUUCCUUCCUCCCCACAUACCAGAGCACCAAGGGAAAGGCCAUGGUGGCUGUGGAGAUCUUCUCCUUCCUGACAUCCAGUGCUAGGUUACUGGGCUGCAUCUUUAUUCCCAAGUGCUAUGUGAUCUUACUGAGGCCAGAUGAGAAUACUCAGGAAUGCAUAAGAAAGAAAUCACAUUGCAAGCAUGGGAAGCAUGCAGUAACACUGCCUCAGAAUUCCUUCCCAAGGCAGAAGAGAUACCUGAGAAAUGGCCUCUAUCAUUCUGGGAUAUGUGUUUUACUGACUUGAUAACACCUGAAUCCUGUGUACUUUGUACAUUCUACUGAAUCUUUUCUCCAGCUUUUCUAAUUUUGUGAAUGCUAGCAUCCUAUUAAAUCCCCUUCGGGCAGCCAAGUGGUACAAUGAUUAGAGGGUCAGCCCUGGAAGUAAGGAAGACCUGAAUUCAAAUGUGGCCUCAGACACUUACUAGCUGUGUGACCCUGGGCAAGUCAC